AUGCGCAAAAACGCUGCGGUCUACGAACGACGCCGAGUUCGGGACCGCGAGGCAAAGCGCAAGGCCCGCGAGCAGCACAAGCGCGAUAUCACGGCCCUGAUCGCAUCGAUCGCCGAGCUCCGAGAGACGGCCAGCGCCCUCCAGAGCACGCAGCUGUCGUGGCAGGACGUCGCGCUCGCGUUGCGCACCAGCACACAGGCAAGUGUGCUCGAGAACAAGGCGCUUCGAGCCGAGCUCGCAACGACGUCGUUGCUUUUGCGCCAGCUGCAGGCGUGGGUCCACACCAUGUCAUCGAUUCCUACGGUACCGCCACGACUCGCCGAAGCGUCAUGGCGCGACGCGUACCUCCCUAUGGACCCACACAUUCGGCACGUCGGGUAUCAUUGGAUAGCGCAGCAGCUCGACCGUGCUGUCGACGAUCGCUUGCACCCGGCCCUCUUCCCGCACACGCUGGAAGACUCGAUUCGCGUCGAGUGGUCGCCGCUCGGCCGGAAGCUCGUCAUGCAAAAGAUCGUGACGGCGUCGAUGCACGAGGCCGCCAAAGCGCUGUGGCUCGUCAACCGCGCGUCACCCGAAUGCCACCUGCACCCGAGCUCGCUUGUUUCGAGUGACGUCGAGUCGUUGCACCACGCAUUGGGUGUGAACAGCGAGAUGAGUUAUGUGCGCGAGCUCUGUGACGGGCGCAGCGUCAAUGUCUUUCAUCGGCGCGUCACGAUCAACAACGAGCGCGUGCUCGUCGCCUACCGGUCGAUUCGUCACGACGACGUCUUUGCGGUCUCCAGCACCAUUGACACAUUUCAAGAAUGGAACGAAGUGCGGCCGAUCUCAAAGACCCAGUGCGUGAUUCGAACGGUCUCGGUGCUCGAGCCCAACGAGCCGUACCCGUCGGUGGCCGCCCUCCUUCGCACCGAGUACCCGAAUCUGUACACCGAAGCGUUGAGGGCCGUGCCGCCUCGCGUCCCCGUCGAGACGCACUUGCAUCGAGUGCUUCAAGUCACGGGCCAUGCGCUCGUCAAAUCGUACUUUGCGCUCGUCGACGAAGCCCUCGUGAGCGUGCAAGUCCACACGCAGAGCCUUGUAUAA